CCAAACUCUCCCAAAGAGAGGUCUUGGCCUAUCGAGCUCAUAAAACUCUGUCAAACAGUGCUAUUUUGUUCGAGAACUAGUCGCAAUAAUCAAUCAAAUUUUUAUAGUUCCACACAUCCCAUAGAAGGAAGGUCGUGACAUACGAUCCAAACCCUCAAUGAUCCAACAAUUGAUAGGGGUCCAACAAUCUCUUAAAACAUUAGAAAGUACACAAGGCAGGAAAAAAGAAUAGCCAAAACAUAUUUUAGUAAACUUGCACCCCCAAAGAAAAGGACAAACAUGUAUUUCAACUAUAAUCAGUUUAAUAUCUAAUUUGCACUCUUUUCUUUAUUACUGCACUUUGUUCAAAGUUCAAAAUCCUUGUAAUGGAUUAAAGCUCAGAAAAUUCAUCUUCAAAGAACUAGUUGAUCGGACUCGGAUUAAAGUUGAAAACGUCGAUGAAAGCGGCUGGCUGCUCUCCGAUUAACUGGAUGAGAAGAUCGAAUUAGACGCAAGGAAAUAUCGGGCUCGUAAUUGAAGUUCAGCGCGACAGACUUCUUCCAAAAAUCGAUUCGAUUCCAUAUCAGUUUGAGGACAGCAAGGUGCUUGUAAAAAUGCCUCAACGAAAUUAGCAUAAGAAUCAAGAAAGACAUCGACUAGGUGUUUGUGAAAAUGCCUCAACGAAAUUAGCACAAGAAUCAAGAAAGACAUUGAGUAGGUGUUUGUGAAAAUGCCUCAACGAAAUAGGCAUAAGAGUCAAGAAAGGGAGAGUGUGAACUCAGAAGGAGGAAUCGCCGCUUGGAAUGUGUUUGACAGUGUGAAGACCACAACGAAGACUCCUGAAGCUCUAAUGGGGGAGAUCGGUGCUGCAAUUUCAAAUUUAGAAUAUGCUCGAACCACUGCGUAUUUAGAAUCUCCAAUAUCUCCCGAUGAGCCAGAGGAUGAGGAACCUAGUGCGAAUUCAAGAAGUCAGUAUGAUGUUCGAAUGGCGGAUGGAGCUUACAAGGCAGGUUGUAAAGCAUUAACCGUUGGUAAGCUUGACGAGGCUCUUCAUUCGUUGAAUGUUUCUCUUUCGAAAUGCCCACCUGAGAAAUCAUCUGCUGUUGCUAAGAUUCAAUCUUUGAUCUCCCUCACGUCUCAGCAACUUCAGAUCAGAUCUUCUAAUUGCCAAGAAAUUUCAGAAGAUUGAUUGGUUUGAUUCAAUAUAUGUUUUCUUCCAUCCAUAUUUGUUCCUCAUUCUUUUUCCCUGGAUCAGAAUCUCUCUCAUUGUUCUUUAAUAAUCAUGUUUGACUGUGUGUAUAUACGUUUUUCAUUUGUUCAAUUUUCUUUUUUGUAAGCAAGCAAGGACUUGUUUUUCCUUGAGGACGCUUCCUAAUAUAGCCUAUGUCUACCUUUUCUAAAUCGAUGAAAAAGUAGUAAAUUUAAAAA